UCUUUUUUCUCUAGAAUUAAGUGCAUACUGUUAUAGAUGACUGUCUUUCUCUCUGAAAUGCAUCUCUGGUCUGUGAAAAGCAUCUUAUAUGUUGAAGACAAAGAUAUUGGCGUCUACCAGUACCAUGAAAAGAAGGAUCCAGAGCCACAAAUGAAAGUUGGUUAUUUAUAUGAGAAACAACAAUUAGCAGAAUGUCGAAAUUAUCCUUGGGUACUUAAGAACAAACGUCCAGAAAAGCUUCGAGACACACUUAAGGAGCUAGAGGAACUGAUGCAAAAUAGUCAGUGUGUACUGAGUAAAUGGAAGAGCAAAGAUGUCUGUCAGCUUCUCUUUCCUUCAGGUAUACUGGUAUCUCUAAACCUUUCUGGACCACAGCUGGAACAAGUGGUGAUUGACAGAACCCUGAUGGGAAAGUUCAUCUCUAACACUAUCAAUGAUGCUGUGCUUACUGAUACUUUUAUGAUCUUUUCAUUUUGGGAACAAAGCAAACUCUGUUUCAUUCAACUCUCAAAAAACCCAAAUUCUCUGGAUAUAAACAAAAGACUUGAAAAACUCUCAAACUUCGAUUUUAAGAUAUCUUACAUUGAUAUACCAGGAGUAGGAAACAGAAGGAUGAAGCGUCAUUUGACAAUAAAUUAUGUACAGAAUAUGGUUAUUUGCUGGUGGUCGUCUGCAAAGGAUGAACUUUGGCCUUGGUCCCCAGUGUCUAGCAAAAGAGAGAAAGCCAACUUGCUACUCUUGAAAUGUGAACAUGGCAACUUAGAGAUUCUGAGUUAUAUUCAUACAGAUGGGGAUCCACUUGAUGUCCAAUUUAGUAUGUGUAAUCCACAUCAGAUUCAUACUGUAGAACAAUCUGCGAGUGCAGACCAAAAGCCCAUGGUUGACAGCUGCAUUUAUGAAUAUGUUAGGAAUAAAGUUCAUUGUGUGACGAUCACCAAAAUACCAUUAACAUCCAAGGCCAUCAGCUGUUGCAGGAAUAUUACAGAAGACAAACUAGUUCUGGGUUGUGAAGAUUCUUCAGUAGUUCUGUAUGAAGCCUACCGUCAAGUAACUCUGGCAACAGAAGCAAAGCUGCUACCUGCCUUAAUGUGUUGCCACCCUAGUGCUGCCAUAAUUCUUAUUGGUAGUUCUCAAGGAGAACUACAGUUAUUUGACAUGGCACUGUCUCCAAUUAAAAUGCAGCUUUUAGCUGAAGAUUUUUCACCAAAAUCAACUUUACAAUUCAGUGAAAAUUUUGAGAUAUCCAGUAGUCUCACUCAAAUCCAAUGGGCUAUCCCACAAGAUUCUUCUCAGGACAUAGAUGUUUUGGGUAUACAUGAUCUUCUAUUAUUUAGAUUUGACAAAGGACCUGUUGGAGUGCUUCAUUUUAAAACUGGUGUCACCCCAAGAGGACAACUUGGCCUUGUAGAAAUCAUCCAGGAAUAUAUUCAUCAAGAUGAGAUAUAUGAGGCAAUUAACAUCUUAAAUGGAAUGAACUGGAAUACAGUGGGUCAUCACUGUUAUGUAAGCCUAUGUGCUAUAAUAAACUACCUUCUUCGACAAAAGCUGACACACAUUACAGAAGCACAGCUGGAGGCAACUCUUGGGACAUUUUAUGCACCAACCCGACCUUUGUCUGAGACAACUAUUUUGGGAUACAGGGAUCAGAUCAGCAGAUAUGCACGAAGGUUCUUCCACCAUCUGCUCAGGCACCAAAGAUUUGAAAAGGCCUUUCUGCUAGCAGUUGAUAUAGGUGCCCGUGACUUAUUUAUGGACAUCCAUUACUUUGCACUAGAUAAGGGUGAAUUGGCACUAGCUGAAGUGGCAAAGAAAAAAGCUAACAACAUUGACACAGAAUCAAUAACUACUGGAGUUGAGAUUUCAAGACAUAAAAACAAAGAAGAUAAUUUAAGAGAACCUGUCGUGGACCUGUAUAUGACACCUCAAGAACAGAAAGUUGAAGGCAGUCUCCCACCAUGCAGUACAAGUGAUGAUUUCCUCAAAUAUACGACCUGCAACAGCUCUACAAGUGAAGUAGACAAAAGGGAAUGCGAGUUUUUGACAGACUUUUGUACUAAACUGGAAACGGACAAAACUGCAUGUCAAACAGAAGUUUUUCAGGAAGUGCAUGAGGAAGAGCAGGAAAUUAGAGGAAAGAGCUCUAUCAAAGUAGUGCAUUUUGGUCUGGUAUAAACCAGAAAUAUUGAUGCAUAAUAAGAAAAUUAGGAUUCUACAGAUCACUUGCUGUGAAAAACAAGAAGCUUUCAACUAACAUAGAUUCUGAAAUCAUGUUCAAAUAAUUCACUAGUAAAUAUUAAUUGCUUGCAUAAAUGGUUAAAUCAAGGGGAAUUAAAUGUGCUGGGCUUUGCCUGAAGCUUACUAUUUUUAGGUCAGUCAUAUAAUGCAGUUACCUACAGCAAGGAGUCUUAUAUUUACUGUAUUAUUUGUAUUUCCUAGAGCAACAUAUGUGAUGACUAUCACUAUCAACAUUAUAUAUUUAGAAUAUCAUAAGGAUUUUUUGCCCUGGGUGGAAACUAUCUCAUGAGCCUAUUUUAUAUUAACUGAAGGAUUACCAAUACUUGUUGAUACUAUAAAGAGAUAAUAAACUAUUUUAAUAAUGUACUUUAAAAAUUGAUAAAUAGAUCUGACUAGAUUUUACUUGUAUUACUAAACAUAAUUCUAUCACUUUCUUUACAUUUUUGUAUUUUUAUUUGGGGGGGAGUAAUAGAUUUUGACUAAAGCAUAUCACCUAACUACAGUUACUAUAAACAAUGUAAAAACUACGAGGUUUACUUUGGUUCUUACCAUAACUACAAUGUAGGUGAAAAUAAAACAAAAGAUACGGUGGAACACAUACAUGCACACAAAAAUAAGCUGCAACUUUACCUUAAAAAAGAGCAAUACAUAUUGUUGGUGGUCCAGACUGAGAAGGUGGUGAGUCUACUGCUAGUUAUACUAGAAGACUUAUAUUAUCAUAGUGUUGUCUGAAUAGUUUUAAACUGCCCAAUUAUUGUUCCACAAAUUACUUUUUAAGGAGGCUUCCCCAUCAAGUGUCUAAGUCCUUAACCAAAAUUUCCAAAAAGAUUACAAAAACUAUAUUACCAACAAGAUUAUGAAGACACAUACAUUAAUAAAAUCCUUAUCAGUUGACAAUAUCAGACACUCAUUAUGUGUCAUUGGGAGUCCGCCCUGAGUCAUUGGGAUUUGGCAACUAAUUACAUGUAUCAAUUAAUAAAUAAAACCAUGAGGGGGGGGUUUCAAGGUAUACUUCAUACGAAGCUGAAAAGUGAAUUUCUUCUUAAAUAGUUUGGAAUAUGCCAACAAUAUCUUCCUGCCAUCAACACCAAACUCAUUGUGGAUGCUCAGAAACUUGAGAAUUGGCAAGAAGCCAGACUAGCACAGGAUACUCCCAGUGAUUAAGAAAUCUGAGUUUUUCAACAUUUUCUGUUUCUCUUUACAUUAUAUGAAUUUCCAGAUAAGGCUGUUCAAAAGACAUUCUAACAAUGUUGUAAAAAUAACAUAUACACACAAGAUAUACAUACAAGACACUUCGCAACAAAUCUUUAGUGGUUGCUCUAAUGUUCUGAGAAAUUUUUUCCCAUAAUAAUCAUUAUUUUGUUUUUAAUUCUUCAGAAAUUCAGAUUUUUAAUCUUUUGCUUUUUAGGCACUAAUGAAAAAUAGACUGAGAAGGAAAACUUAUAUUACUUUUGGCAUAACUACAUUUCACUUCACAUGGUUUUUUUCUGCAUCACAAUAUAAUCUUUCUUUUGCAGUCUGAGGAGUUAGUUAUCUUGAUUUUAAAAUCAGAAUUAUUGGAAGUUAAAAUGACUCCUUGCAAAAUAAAGAGAAGGAAAAGUUUUAUUUUUUUUUCUUUUAAUAGAGGCUUUGUUUGAUCUGCCUUUUAAAUAGACCAUCCCGAGAAUUAAAAAUAAAUAAAUUAUAUAUUAUAUAAUUUAUAUAAUAUAAUGUGAAUAAUGAUUUAAUGGGAACAAAGAAGAAAUAAAGCAUAUUUAACAAUAAAGGUCAGAUAAAUGCAUUAAAUACAUGCUGAAAAUCCAUGUAUCCUCAGUAGCCCAGUAAAAUACAUAAAAUUCUGAGUAUUAAGAUAAUUAUUAGUACAUGGAAGAAAUAUUAAUAAACAUGAAUCAAUAAUAAUGAUGAUAGUUAUAAUUUAUUAAAUGGAUUAAUCAUAUACUAUGUUAUAUGGUUUUGUAUUAAAUGGUGUGUAUGCAUUUUUCUCAUUUAAGAAGAACAUAUGGUUCAUAAAGCAUUAUAUGUAAAUGCACCUUUUUGAGAGAUCAACUCCAACAAAAGAUCCAGGGGGCCUUUCACUUAUUCACCCUAAGGUUGCUGACAUAUGUUACUUGCCCACAAAGCUAUUUUGCUGAAUUUCAGCCAUAUUUCUGUCAGUUCGUGUGAUGGUCUGUAUGAGAGAUUAAUCUGACACCAGACAGUGAUCCUUAAUCCUUCAGUAUAUCAUAAUCUAUUUACUUUGCAUGCUAAGAGGAUUCUGAUUUCAAAACACACAGGAAGUGAUGCUGGAAAUGUACAGAAGAUCAGGAGUGUCAUUUCCUAAAAUCUCAGUUUUCAAUUAAAAAAAAUAACCUUUACGGGUUUCUUGUAUUGAAUGGGGAUUUAGUAGAAAUGGAACAUGGGCUUUUCCCCCCGUUUUUAUGCAGCCCUACAAUUGUGUAUACUACACCACUCUGCAUAUGCACAUGCUUAUUGGAUGUGAGACAUUAAAAGGAAGCCCCCGUAUUGCAGAACGUAUCAUCUCUUGGUUAUUUUAUUUAUGUGGAAAUGUGUAUACACCAGAUCUUUAUUCAAAACUGGAUAAUAUGUCAAAAUUUAAAUUGUUUGCUUAUUAAUUUUUUAUUCACCCAUUUCUCCUACAAGGUGACUCUGGGAGGCUUACAGGUUAAUACAAAUAAAAUAAUAGAUAAAAGAUUAAAAAUGUAAAAGAGUUAAAGUAUUAUCAAGAAUUAUACUAAAACCAUGCUAAGAGAGUUUAAUAUUUUUUAAAAUCUCAUCAUGUAAUUAGUAAUAAACUGUUCAAACAAUUAAAAAAAUACAGCCAAUCUGCCUAUAAUAUGGUUGAAAUAACUAAAAAGAAUGUAAUAUCAGUUACAGGGGAAAGAUAUUUUAAUGGAUGCAUUACACACACACACAAAAACCCUAGCUUCUUGAUAAGCAAUAUAUCUCUUCCUAAUGGAACUCUAAAGGUUGGUAGAUUAGUUUUAUCAAGAUUUUAGCAAAUAGGCAGUAUUUGGGUCUUAAACCAUGUAAAAUGAACAUUUUGAAUUCAGAAACAUGGAAUAAUUAUUACAGAAGUUCUGGUUUCCUCAAAAUAAGGCAACUGGAAUCCAAUCCCUAAUUCUGCAAUAAUUGAAAUUUAUAAACAAUGCUCAGGAAAAACCUUAUAACAGGGGUAUCAAAGUCAAGACCUGUGGGGCGCUUAGAUCUGGCCCGCAGGGCCACUCAAAACAGGAAAGGACCUGCCUGCGGUGACUCUUCCAGCAAAAACGGAGCUCAGGAGGGCUGCAGGCAGCUCUUAUAAGGUCCAUUUUCGCUGGCAGAAGGUUGCAGGAGACUGUCAUAGACAAAAAUAGAGCUCAGGAGCCCGUUUUUGCUGGCAGAGCACUCGGGCCAUCACAAGUGCCCCCGACACAAGUGAUGUCGAGCUGGCCGUGCCCACCCUGACUCCCCAAGGUCAAACACAACCCUGAUGCAGCCCUCAAUGAAAUUGAGUUUGAUACCCAAUCCAGUCUGGCCAAUAUGGAUCUCUAUCAUCAUGAUAUUCCAGCUCAACCCAAUUUACCGAGGCCUAAAUUCAAUUUCUUUGUAUCUGUAGCCUGUCCAUUAUAUCCUACGGUACAUACAAAAUGUUAAUUUUAACCUUCAGUCAUCAAAAACUUGCCAUGCUAUUUGUUUUGUUUAAUAAUAAAGGAAAACAUGUUCUUAUAAGCCUGUACUAUUUAUUCACAAUGGCAGCAGCAUCCUAAGAUCACAGGUUUUUUUUAGUUUUGCUACAAAUUAUUUUUAACUUUAAGAUAUGUUGGUCAAACCUUUAAGAUUUUUUAAAAAUAGGAUGUAAUAUAAUAAUAUACUCCACUAAGGAAGGGUCUAUCUUUUCCAAAGUUGACUUACUUUCUCUUAAUUAUUCCAAUGUAAUUCACAUAGUCAAUAUAGUAAAGAAGAUGGAUGGAGAAUUAUUUUAACUGUAUAGCAAGAUAAAUUUCUCGUAAGACAUCUGAAAAAGUAUUUCAUCUCCAGUGGAAGCCAUUAGUCAUUUCCUCUCACUGAUACAUCUGCAGAUGUUUUACUGGUCAUUUAAGAUGGAUCAUCAAAUGAAUGAGCCUAGGUAGGAAGAAAGGAAUUUAGCCAAACUGGCCCCUGUAAUGUGAUAUAUAUUUAAGAAUGCAAAAAGUCUCAAGUUCUUGCUAGAUUGCCUUCCUUUGUAUGCAUUUUCCCCAUAUAGAUAAUAAUCAAAUAAUGUCAAACAUGUUCUUAAAUUAAAUAAUCCUUAAUUCUUAAAUUAAAUCAUCCUUCUUCUGCCUUAAAGUAGCAUGUGGACUACCCAAAAGAUGUAAGGAAGAAAAUACAAAAUAUUUGCAUCAGUGGCAAUUUUUCUAUAAUAUGAAAAGGCAUGUUAGUAUAUAUACUGUAUAUAUGAUAUUAAUCAUUUUGAGAUGCAUAUAUCUAACUGGAUUCUAGGUCAAAGUAACUUUGAUAAGGUUGGAAUUUAUAUUAAUUUAAUUUUGGUAUUCUAAACCACUUGAUUUGGCUCAGAGAAAGCUUGAUAGAGUUCUAUCUAAUUGCUUACCAAAUUACAUAUUUGUAAAAGAUCAGCAUUCAAGAAUAAAUACUGUAGUUAUUCAGAGACCAGGUUUUUGGGCAGAAUUAUUACUUUGUUGUUAUACUAGAUCUAUACAGCUUUCUUCCAGGUAAUACAACUGGUUGAAGAAUACUUCCAACUCUCUUUAUAUGACCAAUAAUAAUGCAAGCCAUAAUACUGUAUUUUUCAGACUAUAAGACGCACCUAAAUUUAGAAAAGGAAAACAACAAAAAAAGUUUUUGGCCUACCUUUUUUCAGGCCUUUUCCAAUCUUUUUUCAGCUUGUUUCCAGGGCUUUUUUUGACCCAUUUUCAAGGCUUUUUGGGGGUUGUCUUCAAGGCUUUUUGGGGCUGCUUUCAAGGCUUUUUUGGCCCAAUUUUUUUGAAAAAACGCUGAAAAAAGCCUCAAAAAUGGCCCUAAAAAGCCUCGAAAACAGGCCCCAAAAGCCCCCAAAAUGGGCUGAAAGCUUCAAAAACGGGCCCCAAAAGCCUCAAAACAGGCCAAAAAGGACCCCAAAAGCGGGCCAAAAAAGCUCCCAAAACGGGCCAAAAAGCCUUGAAAACAGGCCAAAAAAAGCCUCGAAAAUGGGCCAAAAACAGGCCUGAAAACAGGGUGUGCGGAGGCAAAAAAAAAAUGGCUGGUGGGUGGGCGGGGCUUCAGCUGUUUUCAGUCUAUAAGAUAUACAGACAUUUUCGCCCCCUUUUGGGAGGCAAAAAAGUGCCUUUUAUUGUCCAAAAAAUACGGGGGAAUUACUCUACCUAUAAUUAUUCACAAAUUAUCAUUCUCUUCUGAUUAAUACCUUCCAUUGCAACUGUAAAUUCUAUAUGGAUUGCAUUUUCCUCUCUAUAAUGCUCAAAUCUUUUUUAGUCUUCUGAGUUAAAGUUCAGCUAAAAAGUACAAGGAUACCUGGUUUAUCUCCCUUCUUCACAAAAAAACAAAACUUCCCUACAUUGCUGCAUUUUCAUUUGAUAUGCUGUUUUCCACUUAGGGUAGUAUUUUUCUAGGCUGUAAGUUUUUGGUAUAUAGAACAAAGUAAACACAAUAUCAGAAACAAACUAUGUAGUCUAUUUCCCCACUAAAAAGAAUCAACAUACAGAAUAAGAAUCAGCUUCUCAGAAUAUGUAAAAUAGUAUAUUAAAACCAUGUAUGUGAAAGUAUGG